ACUGUGAUAUCGAAUUUACAGGGAAUACAUGUAUUUUUGGGAUUAUAAAUGAGAGGCGGGAGUGAGGCGCUUGUCUCUGUGCUGAUGUUUGAACAGUUACGUCAAAGCAAUGGCAGCUGCUACCCUCGUUGAAAGGGCUCCGGCGAUUUCCCUGUCUAAAAUGGAAAUAGAUGCCUCCACCUUGAAUAAUAUAGACUCUGAGGAGGAAGAUGAUGUGGCAACAAGAGAGGCAGGAAUCAUGUCACUGGCUGAGCAGUACAAGAAAGCAGGGCAGGCCCACCAGUUGGCUCAGCUUAUCAAGGACACUCGACCUUUUCUUUCCCAGAUCUCCAAAGCCAAAGCUGCCAAGCUAGUGAGGACGAUGGUAGAUAUGUUCCUUGACAUGGAAGCUACAACAGGUUUAGAAGUCGAAGUGUGCAGGGACAAUAUUGAAUGGUCAAAAAUUGAGCGGCGUACCUUCCUACGACAGUCAUUAGAAGCCAGAUUGGUGGCUCUUUUUUAUGACACACAGCAGUACACAGAUGCCCUUGCUUUAGGUUCUCAGCUCUUAAAAGAACUGAAAAAAUUAGAUGACAAGAACCUUCUGGUAGAAGUACAGUUAUGGGAAAGUAAAACAUAUCAUGCAUUGGGUAACUUGCCUAAAGCCCGUGCUGCCUUAACUUCAGCACGUACAACUGCAAAUGCUCUAUAUUGUCCCCCAAAGCUUCAAGCUGCUCUCGAUCUGCAAUCUGGCAUUCUUCAUGCUGCAGAAGAAAAAGAUUUUAAGACAGCUUUUUCAUAUUAUUACGAAGCAUUUGAAGGAUACGAUAGUAUUGACAGCCCAAAGGCACUUACUGCAUUAAAAUACAUGUUGCUAUCAAAAAUCAUGCUCCAGUGUCCAGAGGAUGUCCACAACAUUGUAAGUGGGAAGUUGGCAUUGCGGCACAGUGGAAGUCACGUGGAUGCAAUGAAAGGCAUUGCUUCGGCAAGCAGUAAGCGGUCUUUGGCUGACUUUAAAACAACACUUAAUAAGUAUAAGGAUGAACUGGAAGGAGACAUGAUUGUGAAAGCUCAUUUAAACACACUAUAUGAUAAUAUGUUAGAGCAGAAUUUGUGCAGAAUCAUCGAGCCAUACAGUAAGGUACAGGUAGCUUAUGUUAGUGAAACCAUAGGUUUACAACAGGAUGCUGUUGAGCGUAAACUCUCUCAGAUGAUUUUAGAUUCAAAAUUGACUGGUAUUCUUGAUCAGGGUGCUGGAGUAUUGAUUGUUUGGGACCCUGUUACCAAGGAUAAAACUUAUGAGCAUGCUCUUGAUACCAUUAAGGCAAUGGAGAAAGUUGUAGACGUUUUGUACCAGAAGGCAAAGAAAUUAACGUAAAAAACAGCAAACUUAGCUUUGCAGUUUCGCUAUAUAGGGUUAGGGGCUGGUUUUCAUUUCUGGAAUAUGAUCCCAUACUGUAUCUGUGUAUUGUAUGUCAUUCAUGCUGUUCCUUGCAGGAAUGUUGCAACUGUACAGACAGGACCCUAAGGAUUUUUUUUUGUGCGAAUGUGUGUGUGUGUGUGUGUGAUACAAAACCAGGAAUGAGAGUUGAUUAGUGAUGUUCACUUAUGCUACAUUGACCCCCACUGUUGUGUAUAUAUAAACUUAUCAUUAAGUGGGGAAGUAGCAGGUUGUGGCUUGUCACUUUGGUGAGGAUAGUUUAAGUAUACUGCUGUUUUCUCUACUAUCAUUUGAGAGGAAAAAUGCUGUUGUGUUAUUUGCUCUCUUGUGAAAAGGGCAGUUUUUUAUAUGUUUGAUAAUAAAUAAGGAGCACUGUCAAUAAAAUACUGUACUACAAUCUAUAAAUUUGCAUACUGUAUUUUGAAUCAAAAUUAUAUUCUGCCAAAUCUUAUUUUUUAAAGAAUAUUCAUUGUUAAUCUUUAAUGUCUCCUAUUCUUUUUACCAGAGGUUGAAUAUUCCUACAGUCACCCAAACCAGCAUUGUACUGUACAAUAUUAAACAAAUUUAUCUUUGUGCUUGUAAUUCAUUAACAGGCAUGUACUUGUAAGUAGCAUCAAAAUCUAAAGUGCUGUGUUAAUUGUGCCCUAGAGAUAUUACAUUACUAACCCAUAAAGCAAAGAUGUAUUUCUUUGCUUUGUUGUGCAGUAUCAGUAAUGACCAUGGUAGGGAUAAGGAUAGCCACUAUAUAGGGACUAUUUUUAAGUCCUUGUUAUAACCAGCUUACCACCAAGAUUUAACUUUGAGAUAUUUUAUAAAAUAAAAAAAUGUAUCUUCA